AUGUCCUGAACCAUGAGCACCCACAAACUGGAAGAGAAUAGUCAGGAGGGAGAUGCAGCGAGACUCGAGUGGAAGCCCAAGGUCAAAGAUGAGUUCAAAGAUAUUUCCAUAUACUUCUCCAAAGAAGAAUGGGCAGCGAUGGGAGAGUGGGAGAAAAUUCGCUAUAGGAACGUGAAAAAGAACUAUAAAAUGCUGGUCUCUAUAGGUCUCAAAGCCCCUAGACCAGCUUUCAUGUGUUACCAAAGGCAAGCGAUCAGGCCCCAGAUAGAAGACAGUGAGGAUUCUGAUGAAGAAUGGACUCCCAAGCAGCAAGUUAAUCCUCCUUGGGUGCCUUUCCGAGUGAAGCACACUAAACAGCAGAAGGAAGCACCUGGAAUGCCAUUAAAUAGUGAAUCUAAUGUGAAGAAAGUGCCUGGAAUAGAAAAUUUGCUGGAUACAAGUGGUUCAGAACUUGCCCAGAAACCAGUGUCCUCUUCUGGAGAAGGAAAUGCCUCUGGACAAAAACCAAAACCAAGGAGAAAAAAGGCUGAAGUGAAGAUGUACAGUCUGCGAGAGAGGAAGGACCUGGCCUAUGAAGAGGUCAGCGAGCCCCAGGACGAUGACUACCUCUAUUGCGAGAAGUGCCAGAAUUUCUUCAUCGACAGUUGUCCCAACCAUGGGCUUCCUAUAUUUAUAAAAGAUAGUGAGGUGGACGGGGGGCAUCCCAACCGCUCAGUCCUCAGUCUGCCCCCUGGACUGAGAAUUGGUCCAUCCAGCAUCCCUGAGGCUGGACUUGGAGUAUGGAAUGAAGCGUCAGACCUGCCGGUGGGCCUGCACUUUGGCCCCUAUAAAGGCCAGAUCACAGACGAUGAAGAGGCAGCCAAUAGUGGCUACUCCUGGCUGAUCACCAAGGGGAGAAACUGCUAUGAGUAUGUGAAUGGGCAGGAUGAGUCCCAAGCCAACUGGAUGAGGUAUGUGAACUGUGCCCGGGAUGAUGAGGAGCAGAACCUGGUGGCCUUUCAGUACCAUAGACAGAUCUUCUAUCGAACUUGCCGGGUCAUCAGACCAGGUUGUGAGCUUCUGGUCUGGUAUGGGGAUGAGUACGGCCAGGAACUGGGCAUUCAGUGGGGAAGCAAGAGGAAGAAAGGACUCACAACAGGAAGAGGUAGGCACUGCUGUGGUUCCUUAAAAAGAAACAAAGAAAAGAAGGAAUUUUCCUUGAAAAUUUUUGGACAGAGAUCCAUCCUUGUCUUUUGUGCUCUUUGGCCUUCUCAAGUCCAAAAUUCCUUAGUCAGCAUGUGCAAUGGAAUCAUCGCACUCAAAUCUUCUCAGGAGCAUCUGCAAAGAUAA